UAAUGUAAACACAAACAAAGUUAUAUUUGCGUAACUACGUUAGAGGCGUGUUACAGUUCACGAAAAAAAACUUCUGUCUUAUUUUCUGUAGGAUGUAUUUUAUAUGCCGUCUUCCUCUAUCUAUCUAAGUAAAAGCAACCAAAACAUUGUUUACAACAAUUUUGAUGUGCAUAUAUUUUGUUUGCGAAAAUGAUUCUAUUUAUACUGCUUGCUAUAUUAGUGGUUGUUUUAUACUUUUACGGAACAAGGAAUUUUGGUUACUGGAAGAAAAGAGGUGUAAAGUAUGAAAACCCUAUAGUAUUUUUUGGCGGAAACAUUAACAACUUCUUGGAAAACAUUAGCCUUUCCGAACGACUAUCAAACUUAUAUAAAUCUCAUCCAAACGAGAGAAUUGUUGGUCUAUACGAGGGAAAUAACCCUUUCGUUCUGAUCAGAGAUCUAGAUAUUAUAAAAGAAGUUUUAACCACAAACUUUCGAUGCUUUCAUCGUAGAGGUAUCAAUUUCUUCAACAAUUGCAACGAACCGCUUAUGAUGAACUUGUUUACGGUUGACGAUGACGUUUGGAAGCUUUUAAGGCAGAAUCUUACUGCAGCAUUUUCUAGUGGCAAGCUGAAAGCUAUGUUCCCACUUAUUGUGGAAAGAACGGGUAAAUUAACCGAGAUUGCCAAGGAACUAGCCGACACUAAAGAGGAAGUUGAUGUCCGUGAAUUAAUGGCGAGGUAUACAACUGAUUUUAUUGGUGCAUGCGGUUUCGGCAUCGAAUCACAGGCGUUAAACGAGGAAAACGCCGAUUUUAGAAAUCUAGGAAAACGUAUAUUCAAUCGUACAAUACGCGAUGCUUUUGUAGCUAUACUGAUGAGUGUGUUUCCAGAGAUUUUUAAAAAUAUCCAUUUCUUCGCACCUGAGAUCGAAGAGACGACAUUUUCAAUCGUCAGGCAGAUUAUGGCUAGGAGGAGUUAUAAGCCAUCUGGUAGAAAUGAUUUUAUUGAUUUCUUGUUAGAAUUGAGAGAGAAGGGUAAACUGGUUGGAGAAUCUAUAGUGAAAAGAAAAUCUGACGGUAGUCCAGAAAUAGUUGAAGUGGAGUUAAAUGAUGAAUUGCUGGCAGCACAGGCUUUUAUAUUUUUCGCCGCCGGAUUCGAGACAUCUUCAGCAGCUAGUAGCUUUCUUCUACACAUGCUUGCAUUCCAUCCAGAAGUUCAAGAGAAAUGCCGCGAAGAAAUAGACAGAGUUCUGGAGAGACAUGAUGGAAAACUUUGUUACGACGCAGUAAAAGAUAUGAAAUAUUUGGAAAUGGCUUUUAAAGAAAGUAUGCGAUGUCUGCCGUCCCCUGGUUUCCUGCUAAGAGUAACUUGUGACAACUUCCAUAUCCCAGGCACUGACGUCGUUUUAGAGAAAGGGAUGAGAGUAGUAAUAUCCACUGACGGCUUGUGCUCUGACGAAAAGUAUUUUGAAGAUCCGGAGAUAUUCAGGCCUGAGAGAUUCCAUCCAGAUAAUAUUAUUAGCAUUCAAAAAUUUACAUAUAUGCCCUUCGGAGAUGGGCCUCGAGCUUGUAUAGGUGAACGAAUGGGCGUGAUGCAGUCAUUAGCCGGAGUGGCAGCCAUUUUGAGAAACUUUACGGUGGCGCCAUCUCGUAAUUCGUUACGAAAACCGCGCAUCGAUCCGAAAUCAAUGAUCGUACAAACUAUUCUCGGGGGAUUACCACUUGCACUUAAGCAAAGAUAGCGUGCUGCGUGAUGCCAAAAUAUAAUAUUAAAACGUGAAUUUGUGAAAGAUAAGAACUUGUAUAGCGCUUUGGCUUUUUAAAAACAAGAUUGUGCAUUCGCUUAAAUAAUUAACAUAUAAUGAUUAAUUGUAGAAGAUUGAAUUGUGUUUUUUCGGAACUUAAAUAAAACUCGGAAACUGACUCAAAUCAGCUCUGCCAUACAUUUUAGUAUGGAAGCGCGCCGAUGAGUAUAUUGCGCGGCCGGCGGCCCACAAGCCACAACUCUUGACUAUCCAAGUAUUCAGUUCAGCCGGCCACGAGCAGUCAGAGAGGAGUCACUUCCAAGUUUUCCAAUAGGUAUUUAUAUUUUAUAAAUCUUUUGUAUUGUUCUUUGUUCUAUACUUAUUGUGGUGCGAAUGUAAUAUUUAUUAAACGCAUUAUAUUAUUUCACUUGUUACAUACAA